GAAAAUUUUGAAAAUGAAAAGACCGACAGAUUCUCAAUAGAUUUCUCACGUUGCAGAAUAAUAGCCUUCGCAAUAAAUCACACUGCAUCCAAUUUCGGAAUAUUUCUCCCAAAAGUCAUGCCGUAAGCCGUUGUUGCUGCAACAUCUUCCGAAUCUUGCCAAUUGGAAAUUUCCCAUCUCCAUGUGAUUUUUUAAUCCUAUUAAUUUUAUUCUUUGCUGCUACUGCCUGCUAAAAAUCUUACCAGCGUAGCGCAUCUGCGCGUUUCCCUGUGGGGACUGCGGCCUGCCAAAGCACCUUCAUACGGUCAAACUGCACGAUUCGCUGUCGACACACACUGCACAGUCUGCCAGAUUGGGGUUGUUUAUUAUGAUGGUGGUGCGCUGUGUGCUGGAUUAUAUUUUGCCAUGAGAAUCUGUCGUGUUUGAUUAUGAGUGGCUAAUAGCACUAUGUCUUCCACAACAAUGUCUCCUCCGCGACGUUUAUCAUCCCAUCACAUGCAGCAUCCGCAGCAUGCCAGACGGAAUUCGGUCCUCACGGUCUGCUCACCCGAUUUCCACUUUUCCACACUGCCGAAAGCCACACUGAAAUCCACCAUGUCGGUGCAUAUGGCCCGCAAACGAUCGAUGCUGGUGGACGAGCAGCCUGACAUGUCCCCCCCGGGCUCCCCGCCCCCCGCCGCGCGGCCCCCUUCCGGCAGUCCCGUGGAGAGGGCCGAGGGGGUCCUGCGUUGGAAGGUGGAGGAGCUGGCGUCGGAGCUGACGCUGAUCGCGCACGGCCUCUUCCAGCAUCUGCAGGCGUGCGACCUGAAAGCCCUGACCUGGUACAAUCCCCGCCUGAAGCACACCGCGCAGGCGCAGCGCGUCAACGAGAUCACCCGCCGCUUCAAUUACGACGGCCAGUGGACGGUGCAGGAAAUACUCCGCUGUGAGACACCGCGUCAGCGCGCCGACGUCAUGGGCCAUUUUGUCCGGUUGGCGGCGCGGCUGUUCGAGCUGAACAACUUCCACAGCAGCUACGCCAUCUUCGCCGCCCUGGAGUCCUGUCCCAUCGCCCGUUUAUCACUCUCCCACCAGGCGCUGGCCAAACGCGACCGGCUGGUGUGGCAGCAACUGGGCCGCGUCUUCUGCUCCGAGGGGAAUUGGCGCGCCUUCCGGGAGUACCAGGAGAGCGCCGGGUAUCCGCGCAUCCCGCAUAUCGGCUUCUACAAGACGGAUCUAAUCCACGCCUACCACGCCUACAGCAACCCGGCGGAGCGCGACCGGCGCAUGGCGGCCAUCGAGGGCCGCGUCUUCGAGCUCUUCGCCCGCUCCAACUACGGCUUCCUGGAGCAGCGUCCGCCCGCGGGCGACUACCUCAACAGUCUGCGCUAUCUGGACGAACUGCAGCGCUUCGUGGAUGAAGAGAACAUCAAACGGUCACGCCAGCUGGAGCCGGAACGGGAGACGACGGUCGGCGGGGAGGGGAAAGGGGAGGAGAAGGGGGAACGAUGUCUGGACGAGGAGGAGGCCGAUGCGGAGAAGGUCAACCUGAUUGAUGACAGUCUGAUUGAGGAUGUACCGAUGGACGAAUCCUCGGCGCAGAACUCCUUCCGUCUGAGCCUGUCGGACUCUAGCACCUCCUACUCCAGCUCGCUGACCACGUUAGGCUCGCUCCAACACUACUUCACCUUCCAGUCCGUCAUCGAGCGCAAAUCCAUUUUAAAAGAGUCCCGUUUCCUCUUCCUACCGCGCUGGAAGCGCUACUGGAUGGCCGUGUGGGGCGUCCAUCUCAUCACCUUCAAGCCCAAACACGGCCUACUACGCUGCACCGAACGCCAGCAUUUUCAGGCCGUCCCCAGCAGUGUGCACGUGAUUACGCAGUGGCGGUUGUUAAUCCGCAAGGAUCCGGUGGACAGCGACGGGAAGAACCGGAAGAAACAGCCGGAAGGGGAAUUCACGCUGCGCUCGGCGGACAACGCGUUCGUCUUCAAGUUCCGCACGCGGACGGUGACGGAGUUCCGGGAAUGGGUCAAGUAUUUCCGCGGCGCCAUUGGGAAGAGCGAGAGCGAGCCGAAUCUGAUGACCUUUGAUGCGUGACGCUGAUUUGUGGAUUGUUUUGUUGGUGGACCAAAGAAAUGGGGUUUUUUGUGCAUUUUUUUGUUGGUUGAUUAUUCUUGUGUAUAGGUAUUUUUCUUCCAUGCUCAAACGAUGUGACUAUUUGGGUGGAAAAUGAGAUUUUCCUUUUCCUUGCAUUUUUUUGUACUGCUUCCUCUGCCUUUUUUUGUAUGCCAUUUAUUGCGUUUUUUUUUACUCAAUGAUGCCGUAUACUGCCGGAUUUUUUUGGGAAUUGUAGAGGAUUUUUUUCGUAGCAGAGUUUUUUUGUGGUUGUUUUUUUUCGCUUCUUGGGUGGACGAUGCGUGCCUUCGGUUUACAACGAAGAAAUUUUGUGUUUAUAGAAAAUGGAUGGUAGUACAAUUGGAUUUAUUGUGUCCGUGAAAUGGUCAACUCUUGAUUUGUGAAUAUAAAAAAAUU